AAGAUUUACAGCUCCACCCCACCACACUCCCAUCUCGCCAACACACAAAACAUUUGUUUCGCAUCACAAAAAUCUCGGGCGCUCCUGCUUGUGUGGAGUGUUGCCCCUAGUCCUGUUGCCCCCACUCCCUUCUUCCCUGGUGCUAAGGCGCAUGCACACGACAGUACUUCACAUAACGAUCUGCUGAGCAUUUUGCAUUUCGAUGGUUCCCAUCAUCAUGGCUCUGGCUUGGACCUCCAUCUUGGAUCAGACCGCCAAUCUCGGCGCGCUUCCUCAGCAACAACAGCAGCAGAACGGCGACGAGCUUCCGACCAGCAAGCCCUACAGGAGCUCCGAACCCGCUCUUGAACCAUCCCGCGAUGCACGCAACCUCGCUCCCCCAAUUGGACGUAAACCGCGUCCCGGCCCUCUAUUAAUUCCCGAAAUCGUACCCCCUCCGCCUACCCCGCUUCCGCUUCCGCCGCCCCCUCAGCUGCGCGAUGGUCACCAGAAAGCGCGCGCGUCCGCGCAGCAACUGCGGGGGGCGGGAGCGGAUCCGCGGAAGGAUUCUCGCGCAAACGGCCCGCGCGGGCGCAGGCGUCAGCUCAAGGUCUGGGAUUUCUUGCCCGAGACUCCGCCGCCGGCUCUGCUGCGCGGAGCCCGCCCGACUGACGUGCGGAGCCCGCAAGCACGUGCGUGCGCGCAACAGCUGGGCAAUCAUGAGGGCUUACCUUAUGAUCUCCAGCCCGAGCUUCCGCCGCCAUCCCUGCCGGACGCGGGACUCGCGGACUCGGCGUCUCUCGCCUGGCCACGAAUCGGGGGACUAGCGCAAGAGCGGGGCGAAAUCGGAGCAACUCCUGCUUCGGGUGAACGCGCGUGCGCGCGAGGCAGCGGCUUAUGCGGCGGCCCUUGCACUCGCUGCGAUGGGCUCAGUCGGCCCAAGCGAUGGCCGUCGAUCGGCUUCCAUUUGCGACGACUCGACCGACAAGCAGACCCCAGUGUCCUCAGUGACCCCAUGGACCAACCGGCGGGUCCACCAGCCGCGGUCUUCCCCCGGCUCGUCGGGCUUCCGCCGCCUCCCCGCGGCUUCGGCUCUACUCCCGCGGAGCUGCCUCUUGAUACACCCCGCGCGUCGGGGGACAUGGCGGAACGAAGGGGUGGAGAGGCGGAGCUGGCGCGGAAUUUGAGCCGCGGAGGGCGGGCGGAAUUAUUCCCUGGAGCGGUCUUGGCGGGGGAUUGGCGGAAGCUUCCUCCGCCUGGGUGGUACCGGCGGCGAGAGUGGGGGAGCGGGAGCAGGCGGAGUGCAUUUGGCGGGGUGCCUGUGCGCACAUCAUCUGGAGCUGUUGCGCCACUUCCCGUUCCUUUGACAAUGGAGCAUGCUCCCCCUGCCAAUCAGUCGGGGAUUUAUUCAGGAGCAAUGCCUGUACAGAGCAGCAAGAGCUCUGUAACGGGGAUAGACUCCGUCCCCAGCGAGCCUGAGCGAACUGGUGACGAAUGCACUACGAAUGAAGUAGAUCCGCGCAACAAAUCCCAUCGCGCCACAUGUCUCCCCAUCAUCGGCGAAUCCAUCCAUGCACACGUGGCGUCCCUCUGGCAGGCUCUGCUGGCAGCAUCCAGGCACACGUGGGGAGAGCAGCGCCCACAGUUCCUGGGGGAGGUGGCAUCUGCGUUGCUGGGGGAGACAGUAUCCGGGGAAGGUGCACCUGAUUUCCUAAAGAGCCAAAAACCGGCAGGAAACACCCAGGGCAAUCUGGCCCUGAGAGGAGAAAACGGGGCGGUGGUGGGGGAGGCAUGGAAACCAUUGGAGGGGCGAGCUGAGUGUAGGCCAGGGGGGUGUGAGAGAAACCCCGAGCGCCGUGCUGAUUGCACUGAGCCGGGCCGGCCAUACCUCCGCAUGCGCUCCACUAACUUGGCCCAGCUGCACGAGCUUGACACGUGUCGCAAGCCCAUUGGCCGUAGCCCGGCUUCCAUUCUAGACUCGCCUGUUCCAUCUGACGACUCGAGCUGUGACUCCAGCCCUGAGCUAGUGUGGGCUCAACCCGCCCUCUCACUUGGGUACUAGGGCAGCAACAUCCUCAUGUGUUCUGUAGGGUAUUGACUACAGGGUAACUCUUUAGCGAUCAUAGGGUAACUCCUCGUUAGUAUAUUAGGGUAACUCUGGGUUCCCAGCCCAUGCCUAGUCUGAGCUUAUCUAGCUACCCGUAUCUGAAUAUUAUUGUGCUCAUCACAAGCUUACCGUAAUCCCCCGGAUAUAACACCCGCCGGAAUAGUCACUCCGUGGGUGGUUAAUACGGGGGGGAGCUUAUGAUAUGGUGCAUUUUUGAGAGUACCCGCUUUUCAGGCGACGAAUUAUACAUAACGCCCCCCUAU